UACCAUUGGUGAUCUUCGGUAUACGAAAUACAUUUAAAAGAAAGGGAAAGGUUGUUCACAGCGUAAAUGGCUUCACAUAUGCUUUUAUGUACAUAUUUUGCCAUGGCUAGUAAUUGAAGUGAUAUGGCAUAAGAACGGCGUUAGGUUUGCAUUUCGUCGGUUAAGUGUGUGACGUCGAAUCGUUAAAGUGAAAUAACCAAGUAGAUAUAUAUGUAUGUAUACUAUGUGUAUGUAUACUUAAAGUUUAUUACGAAUGAACACUAAAUAAUCGUUUGUGGCUACUUAAUUAAACAAAUAAAUAGCAUUCCUGAACAUAAAAUGACAUUUUAUCACUAAUACAAUGUACUACCUCGUGGCCUAUAGUUAACGCUGGCUCUUCUCGUCAAACUAAGUAAUAAUAUUUACGUGUCUAUACAUACGCAUGUUAGUGUUUUUAUGUAUACAGUGGUAGAAAAUCGAUAAAUUUUCUAGUCAUGUGCGACGCUUAAAUUAGCUCGUAAUAAAAAGAUACUAGUGCACAUACGCACAUAUGUACAUUUGUAUGCCUGCGCAUUAUAUACAGUACUCUUUCUGUAUGACCCCAUGCUGGUAUAAUUGUGCUUGUGUUGCAAAAUGUUUGGUGGUACUGAAAAUUUUAUGACAAUGCGCUGCGUUCGCAAUAAAUUACGUAAACGUGAUGAUACGCCUUCACCAAUCAUACAAGAAAAGGCAGCCAGACUGGACAUGAACUUCGAUCGAACUCUAGCUAACUACAACUGCACCUGUCAACAUGGACAGAUCCCAAAUACAUGGGAUGUCUCAUCUAAUGACAAUAUUGCGCGUGGUUUUAGCCUCGAGAAAAACAUGUUUGUCGAGCACAAGCGCGUUUCUUUUGUAAGAACCAGCGGAAUUCAAAUGGCGAACGUUAUUAUGCCCUCAGACAUUAAUCCAAUCAACACUAAAUGGGUGUUUCCACCAAAAGCUCCUACUCCAAAUAUCUGUAAUUGUUUGAAUGAUGUAAGUAAUAAACUAUAAAAUGUUUGCAUUAAUGAACGUACACAUACAUUUCGGGCCAUGGGCGCAGCCGGAACUAAAUUUAGUAGGGGCUCGAAAUUAUUAAGCUAGCAGUCGCCAAUGCACAGCGGAAGAAAUCACGAAAAAG